GCGCGGGGCCCGCCGGGAACCGCAGUCCGGGCGCCGCCAUUUCUCCCUCCGGCAGCGCAGGGGCCUCGGCCGGGGUGACUCUGGGCAUGGAGAGCGGCUUCGGCUCCGACUUCGGCUCCGGAGGAGGCGGCGGGGGGAAGCUGGACCCGGGGCUCAUCAUGGAGCAGGUGAAGGUGCAGAUCGCCGUGGCCAACGCCCAGGAGCUCUUACAGCGGAUGACGGACAAGUGCUUUCGGAAGUGCAUCGGGAAGCCCGGCGGCGCUCUGGACAAUUCCGAGCAGAAGUGCAUCGCCAUGUGCAUGGACCGGUAUAUGGACUCCUGGAACACAGUUUCGCGAGCCUACAAUUCUCGGCUUCAGCGGGAGAGAGCCAACAUGUGACGCCUGCCGGCCUCCGUGCCCAGAGGGACCACAUGUGGGGAAGCUCUUCUGUAUUUUAUAAAAGAUAUCAUGGUUUGCUGGACACAGAGACAGACUGGAAGAAUCUCCGUACCUCCUAGGACAUUCACUGGCAUGUGGUAGAACCUGAAGUGUUCUCACACCAGGUAAACUAUGAGGAGAUAUUUGAGUAUUUGGACUUACUGAAGCUGGAGUUUCCUUUCUAGACUGUAAGAAUGACUACUUGAAAAUAAAGUGCUUUCAGACA